AUGGCAGGCGAAGUUGCUAGCUUGGAAGCAGGAUCUGCACAUCAGUGGGAAGUAAGUAUUUCGUUAUUCACCACUGGAGAAACAGACUUAGACUUUGAGACCGUGACUCUCUACUCCCUGAUAAUCUAUGCCAAAGAUGACCAAGGAGGCACAGCAUCACAGACCAUUUUAAUCCAGAUUGCAGAUGUGAAUGAACCCCCAAUAUUUAUUGGAUCCCUCGCUCAGGGAGACCAAGUUACUGAGAUUUAUAUUCUAGAAGACAUUACCCCUGGCACAGUCAUUUACAGAGCUUUUGCCAAGGAUCCAGAGAAUGAAGUUUUGGAGUACUUCCUUUCCCCGGCGGGCUCUGGCUUCAGAAUUGACAGCACUGGAACAAUUUCUACAGCAGCAAGUUUUGAUUUUGAGAGACAAGCUAGAAGUUUCUUAUUAGUUGUUAAAGUGGUUGAUCCUGGAGGACUGUUUAUUGCUGGGAAUUUAAGGAUUUUUCUCAUCAAUGUCAACAACAAGACCCCCAUUCUUACCUGCAGUUUAUUCAGUAUUGAAAAUGCUGUCUUGGCUGUUACUUCUGUAAACUCAACUCUGCAUCAUAAAGUCAACAUCACACUGGAUGAAGAAAUUCCAGUUGGGAAGACAAUUGGAAAAUGCCAGGCAACUGAUGAAGAUCACUUGGGAGAUUUAACUUUUACAUUAGAUCCACAGAACACUUACUUUGCAGUUGACAAAGAGCACGGGACUGUGGUUUCUACUGACCGCCUUGAUGUGGAGAGAGCUGGCUUUGCUCGUGUUCAGUCCUUCUCCGUUAAGGCUUGUGACCAUGACCAGCGAUGUGCCACAAUUGCAGUGACUGCCUAUAUCCAUGGCAUUAAUGACAACCCACCUUUCUGUGAUCACUAUCUGAUUAGGUACACAGGCAAAGAGGUGAUUGCAAAAGAUACAGUAGUUGCAAAGCUCUUAUGUCACGAUCUCGAUGAGCCUCCUGAUACCAUCCAUUACGCUCCGGUCUCGGGGCCAAUUGGUUCUGGACAACUCUUUGUGCAAAUGCCAAAUGCUGAAAAUUUCAUCCAGGUUGCCCAAGAAUUGGAUUAUGAAAACCCAGAGAUUGUUGCUGUUGGACACAUCUACGAAAUGACAGUUUCAGUAUAUGAUGACUUACAUCCCUCCCAUACAGUAACUGUGACGGUCAUCAUAGAGAUUGCUCCUGCCAAUGAUUUCAGCCCUGUUUUUGAAGCUACACACUAUUCAUUCUCUGUUCCAGAAACAUCAGGAGAAAUUGGCUGCCUGUUGCUGAUCCAGCCCAAUUUCAGCUGGAUCAAUGGAUGGUGUGAUUCCUCUUUCAUCCUGCAACAGGCCAAGCCCAGCAUGUUUUGUGGAACAGGAACAGCUUUCUACAAAGUUGGAAAAGUGACUGCCAUAGACUCAGACUACCCACCUAACUGUGUGAAGUACAAGAUCAUCAGCGGAGACAUCCAGGUUAUACAAAGAUUCUGGGUCCAUCCUCUCUCCGGAAUGAUUGAACUCAUCACACAGCCAGACUAUGAGACCGUGAAGCAAUACAACCUCACUGUGGAAGGUGUGGACUGUGACAGAUUUCAUCCUCGCACGGGAUUGACCAUGGUCACUGUUGACAUAGAAGAUGAGAAUGAUGAAGCGCCAGCCUGCACUCCCUCUCUCUAUAAGGCCGUCAUUUUUGACAAUGCUGUUGCUGGGAUGAAUGUCAAUGGCUUCCAACUAAACUGCCACGACAGAGAUUCACAAGAUUUUGAAAUGCGCUUUGAGAUGGUUUUUGGCAAUGAGAACAAUCAUUUUGGAUUUGACCCAACUCGAGGCUCAAAUACUCCAAAAUUAAUUGUGAAGAACCCCUUUGAGUCCGGAGCUGAACAGCAGCGGAGGUACCAUCUCGUCGUGCACAUCAUUGAUGACAACCUGAAACACGGAAAAGCCACCAAGCCGAGGACAGGCACUGUGGUGAUAGAUAUUUAUGUGCAAAGGGCCAACCCGCCACCUCCUCCAACCACCAGUUCUGAAGUAAAAAGUUACAGAGUUUAA